GGGGAGCCCGCUCUCUCUCCCUCUCCCUCUCCCUCUCCCUCUCCCUCUCUCUCCCCCUCCCUCCCUCCUUAUAUUCUUUUUCUGGAAACCUUGUCCACAGUAAUUUUUUUUUUUCUUUUUAAAAGAAUCCUCAGUCACCACCUCGCCUCCCCAGCACCACCACAAUGUACUGCUCAUAAAGGCUUUGGCUUUGUUUUUACGACCCCCCCCCCCCAAGAAUCACCUGUCCGAUCAAUUUUAUCUUCUCCCUCCUCCUUAUUUCCCACUCUUCCCUCCUCCCCCAUCGAAAACCUGUUCUCCGAGGUUAGACAUUUUACAAACCCUAUAUGUUGUUUUUCGAAUUGUGAUUUUUUUUUUCUUCCUUUGCACUCUUCCCCCUUCUCAUGGCAACUCGUUUAGAUAUUUAUUUUUGCCCUUCCCCCGCUUAGGGGGGGCGGCGUGGGGGGGGAAGAGAAAAUAAUACAAUUUUAGGGGAAGUCGCCUUCAGGUCUGCUGCUUUUUUUUUAAAUUAAAAAAAGGAGGAUAGAGAAAAGAUCAGCCUUGAACUUCUCUUCAAGAACCCGGGCUGCAAAGGAAAUCUCCUUUGUUUUUGUUAUUUAUAUGCUGUCAAGUUUUGAAGUGGUGAGUUUCAGGUGAACUUUAUAGGAUAACUGAGUAUGGAUCAUUUGAACGAGGCAACUCAGGGGAAGGAACACUCAGAAAUGUCUAACAAUGUAAGCGAUCCGAAGGGUCCACCAGCCAAGAUUGCCCGCCUGGAGCAGAAUGGGAGUCCGCUAGGAAGAGGAAGACUUGGGAGCACAGGUGCAAAAAUGCAGGGAGUGCCUUUAAAGCAUUCAGGCCAUCUGAUGAAAACCAACCUGAGGAGAGGAACCAUGCUACCAGUUUUCUGCGUGGUGGAACAUUAUGAAAACGCAAUUGAAUAUGAUUGCAAGGAGGAGCAUGCAGAAUUUGUGUUGGUGAGAAAGGAUAUGCUUUUCAACCAGCUGAUAGAAAUGGCACUGCUGUCUCUGGGCUAUUCGCAUAGCUCUGCUGCCCAGGCCAAAGGGCUAAUCCAGGUUGGAAAGUGGAAUCCAGUUCCACUGUCUUACGUGACAGAUGCCCCUGACGCUACGGUAGCAGACAUGCUUCAAGAUGUGUAUCAUGUGGUCACAUUGAAAAUCCAGUUACACAGUUGCCCCAAACUAGAAGACUUGCCUCCUGAACAGUGGUCGCACACCACGGUGAGGAAUGCUCUGAAGGACUUGCUCAAAGACAUGAAUCAGAGUUCACUGGCCAAGGAGUGCCCCCUCUCACAGAGUAUGAUUUCUUCCAUUGUGAACAGCACUUACUAUGCAAAUGUCUCAGCCGCAAAAUGUCAAGAAUUUGGAAGGUGGUACAAACAUUUCAAGAAGACAAAAGAUAUGAUGGUUGAAAUGGAUAGUCUUUCUGAACUGUCCCAGCAAGGUGCCAACCAUGUCAACUUUGGUCAACAGCCGGUCCCAGGGAGCACAGCCGAGCAGCCUCCAUCCCCCGCACAGCUCUCGCAUGGCAGCCAACCUUCUGUCCGAACCCCUCUUCCAAACCUGCACCCUGGGCUGGUGUCAACGCCCAUCAGUCCUCAGUUGGUCAACCAGCAACUGGUGAUGGCUCAGCUGCUGAACCAGCAGUAUGCAGUGAACAGACUUUUAGCCCAGCAGUCCUUAAACCAACAAUACUUGAACCACCCUCCCCCUGUCAGUAGAUCUAUGAAUAAGCCUUUGGAGCAACAAGUUUCAACCAACACAGAGGUGUCUUCCGAAAUUUACCAGUGGGUCCGCGAUGAACUGAAACGAGCAGGAAUCUCCCAGGCAGUAUUUGCACGAGUGGCUUUUAACAGAACUCAGGGCUUGCUUUCAGAGAUCCUUCGAAAGGAAGAGGACCCCAAGACUGCCUCACAGUCUUUGCUGGUAAACCUUCGGGCUAUGCAGAAUUUCUUGCAGUUGCCAGAAGCUGAAAGAGAUCGGAUUUACCAAGAUGAAAGAGAAAGGAGUUUGAAUGCCGCCUCAGCGAUGGGUCCUGCCCCCCUGAUAAGCACACCGCCCAGCCGUCCCCCACAGGUGAAAACAGCUACUAUUGCCACUGAGAGGAAUGGGAAGCCAGAGAACAAUAGCAUGAACAUUAAUGCUUCCAUUUAUGAUGAGAUUCAGCAGGAAAUGAAGCGUGCUAAAGUUUCCCAAGCACUGUUUGCGAAGGUUGCAGCAACCAAAAGCCAGGGGUGGUUGUGUGAGCUGCUACGCUGGAAAGAAGAUCCUUCUCCAGAAAAUCGGACCCUGUGGGAGAACCUCUCCAUGAUCCGAAGGUUCCUGAGUCUUCCUCAGCCAGAACGUGAUGCCAUCUACGAACAGGAGAGCAACGCUGUGCAUCACCAUGGGGACCGGCCACCCCACAUGAUCCAUGUUCCCACAGAGCAGAUGCAGCAAGCACAACCACAGCCUCAGCAGCAGCCACCACCGCCACCCCCCCAGCCUCAGGCACAGCAGCCGGCUGGCCCCCGGCUCCCCCCAAGGCAGCCCACGGUGGCCUCGCCCGCGGAGGCAGAGGAGGAGUGCCGGCAGAAGACCCGGCCCCGAACCAAGAUUUCCGUGGAAGCCCUGGGCAUCCUCCAGAGUUUCAUCCAAGACGUAGGUCUGUACCCAGACGAGGAGGCAAUCCAGACUCUGUCCGCCCAACUUGACCUUCCCAAGUACACCAUCAUCAAGUUCUUUCAGAACCAGCGGUAUUAUCUCAAGCACCAUGGCAAACUGAAGGACAACUCUGGCCUAGAGGUGGAUGUGGCCGAAUACAAAGAAGAGGAGCUGCUUAAGGAUUUAGAGGAGAGCGUCCAAGAUAAAAAUGCUAACACCCUUUUCUCGGUGAAACUGGAGGAAGAGCUCUCGGUGGAGGCAAACACAGACAUUAACACCGACUUGAAAGACUGAGAUCAAAGUAUCAUUUUCACUGAAUAGUGCCACUGGUCUUUACUAGCGAAAGGAAUAUUCCAGACAACCUUCGUUGUUCAUUGUUUGGCCAAUGAAUCUUCAGAAACUUGCACAAACAGGAAAGUUGAGAAAGAAUCGUACAGACUGCACUAACUGUUUUACUCUCUUUUACAGACUACUUGGCAGCCCCAGGUGAAGCGCCAAGGAUAGUUUGGCACUCACGAUUAAAAUUCGUGUUAACGGGCCACACAGAGGUGUGAACCCAGUUAGCUGAUACCAGUACUUUUUUUUUUUUGAUUAUUAUUAUUCUGGAGCCUCAAACAAGCAUUAUCAUUUUCUGUGAUUAUUAUUUCCUUCCUUUAAUUAUUUCUGUAACACUCCACACUGAUCUUUGGAAACUCGCCCCUUAUUUUAAAAGAAAAAGAAAAAAAAAAGAGUUUGUUACUCUAUUGUAUGUUACAAAAGAACUAUAGACUGUGGAAUGCAGUUUAAAGAUGACAUAUGCCAACAAAUGCCUUGUAUUAUAUGGCACUGCCGUAAUUCAAAUUUGUUUUUAUUUUGGAAAUAAAAGUUCACUGUAAUUUUUUUCAUUCUCAUUGUUACAUGAUUUUUUUUAAAAAAAAAAAAAAAAAGAAAAGAAAAUGUGAAACACAAGUCAGUCCUCAUUAUUUAUUUGUAGAUCCUUGCAGCACCAUGUUGUAAUUAAUUUUUUGGAAGUUUCCGUUAAGCGUAAUAUUGCUUCUCUUGUUACCAUACUGAUUCUUUUCUAUUUAUAAAUGUAUUUUGAUGGGCAGUAAAACAAAGUGUCUUAAAAGUUUUAAAUAGAGGAAAUGUGCUUUACACAGUUGCCUAUAAAAAGUGCUCUAUGUUAUCCAAGCAAUUCAUACUAUAAGCUUCACUCUUACUGUCGUAUGCAAUUUUUACUAUCAUGCAAAUAAGCUUAGGUAAAUAAAAUGAAUAGAUCACCUUAGAAAAUUAUGCAAUUAAUGUGAAAAUAAUUGAUGUUUGCAAUGUGUCUUCCUUUGAUUUACAAUCAAUUUUAAAGCUACAUCUGUAUAAAAUUUCUGUAUAAAGGUGUAUUUCUUUUUUUAUGAGUUCAUAACUAUGAAAACACCAGCUAUUUUGUUACAGCUGGCUGUUUUUAUAAGUGUAUCACAGUUUUCUUUAUGCAGAAAUGUUCUGAUUAGGAGUGGUUAUUGACUGUAACUACACAAUUAAAAUUGUUUGUAUGGUAUGACA